CGACCAGGGGAAUAUGCGCGAAGCUACAUGGACAAUCUGCGACGCGGAUGUGCAGGAACACUUCCUUCGAUAUGACAAAAAAGCAGACGUAUUGGCGCACAGUCUAGCCUUGUACAUAUACAUGGUGGAAUGACUAAUCACAACGCACCCACGUCUCUCUGUCGGUGGUCGGAAGCUACUAAUUAAUCACCACCCGGUUAUGCUACUCUGCGUAGGUGCUAUACAUAUGCUAUCAUCGCUGAAAGAUCAUCAUGUCAACUAGGUCGCUAACGUUACUACAUUUCUCCGUGAGCGGGUCGUCAACAAUUUACUGCAACGAUGCAGUUGAUGUUUGAUUAUUUGUUGUCACUACAUGCAGCGAUAUUAUCACUUUUUAUCUGCCAAAUUUAAGUCAUCGAAUUACAAGUGAAGGACUUUGCGACAAGUUUUUUGAUCCGAUCGGCGCAUUGGACGCGCCACCGCGCGCUCCAAUGCAUUCAUUGUUGUGCUUUGCCGCAUUCACUUUUAUGCAUAAGAACUCGCAAAGCUCGCGGGCUCGCACCCUUGUGUUGAUUGGUGAUGUUCGGAGUCGCAUUCUACCGACUCGCCAUCAAGGAAAAUCCGCUAAACUAAGUGUGGGCUCAGAACAUCAAGAUUUACAAUCUUCUAUUUUUCGCCAACAUGCUGUACAACACGCAGCACAACGCAUUGUAUUGAGUGACCGAUUCCAGUAUUUAUCUGCACCCAUGUCAAGCGUUCCAAUAGUAUUGACUGCCUUUACCAUAACGAUUUUUCACCAGUCCACUUGAGUGGGCAACUGCUCAAUACUUUGUCACUACUGAAGUCGUCAUCGAAGCUACACUUCCACUUAACUACAGCUCAUACGCCGUCAUCACGUCGUCAAAAGGUUUCACCUACGGUCUCUUUGAAUGCAUCACAGCAACACCUCGCUCCCAUGGCCAACAAGCCAACGCUAAGUUUGGGAAAUAGUUAAUCUUUACAGAUUCUUUGCUGGCAAGACACUUUAGAAGUGUCGUUGUCACUUUACGGCGGUGCAACGGCAGAAACUGAAACCCAUACAUAGUAAAUUUUCCAUUCGCCGAGAGGAAUUUAACAUCAAAUGCGUCG